AUGUCGUUCUCACGAAUGCUCGCUCUAGCUACUGUCACCACCGGUGCCCUGGCCCAGCUGAAAUCUUGCUCGAACAAUGGCACCCUGAGCUGCCACAGCUCGUCCAAGGCUCCUACCUGCUGCUACAAUUACCCGGGCGGUGCUCUUCUGCAGACCCAAUUCUGGGAUACAGACCCCACGACCGGUCCAAGUGAUUCGUGGACCAUCCACGGCCUGUGGCCCGACAACUGCGAUGGAACCUACCAAGCUAGCUGCGACUCCUCGCGUGCAUACACCAAUAUUUCCGAUAUCCUGACCGCGCAGGACCGUACCGAUCUGCUCUCAUACAUGCAGACUUACUGGGUCAGCGACGACGGUAGCGACGAGGCGUUCUGGGAGCAUGAAUGGAGCAAGCAUGGUACUUGCAUUAACACUAUCAAGCCGAGCUGCUACACCAACUACUCGCCCCAGGAGGAGGUUGGGGAUUACUUCCAGAAGGUGGUAGACUUGUUUAAGAGUCUUGAUACGUACAAGGUGAGCUUGCCAUUACCUAUUCCAUAUAGCAGUUCAGCAAUAAUGACGAUAACAGGCGUUGUCCGCGGCGGGUAUCACCCCUCCGACUCGAAGACAUACGAGCUCAGUGACAUCCAGGCCGCACUGUCUAAGCUGCACGGUGGAUCGAAACCGUAUGUUGGUUGUGAGGAUGGUGCGCUGAGCCAGAUGUACUACUUCUUCAAUGUGGCUGGCAAUGCCAUUGACGGCCAGUACCAGCCUACUGCUCCACUCGAGUCAUCCAACUGCCCCAGCAGCGGCGUCAAGUACUUGCCUAAGAGCAACUAA